AUGUGGUACAUUGAGCAAAGGGAGCAGAGAUAUACCGAAGGCAGAGUUGCCGCUUCUUCAAAGGCCAUGGAUGGUGUCUGGGAUUAUGUAACAACGGUCGACAUGUGUACGAACGCGAUUCGGAUGACUUCCACCCUUGAGCAUGCAGACACGGCCAUCAACCCCGAACUUUUCAGCUGCCAGCCCAAGUUGCUUGACAACUCCGCCGCAUUGGAGCCCUACCAUGUACUCAUUCAUUGUCUGGGACGAUUUCCAUUGGGAGGGCAACGUCUUUGA